CGAGCUCUACGCCGCCAUCGCCACCAAUUUUUAGUUGGUUUUUUUUGUGCUUCGCUGCGUCUGUUGCAGCGUCAUGGUUUAGAUUCAUGCGCUGAUUCAAGUCCGCGGGGUUUCGAUUCCUGCUUCACCUUCGUUCCGGCUUUAGAGGUUUUCUUUCUUUCUGGAAGCAGCCAGAAUGGCUGCGAAGAGAGAAGGUGAAGAGAAUGACUUGGCUUUGGUUACAAAGCGGCAACGCACUGAUGAAAGAGCUAUAGUACCUGUGGGAGGUUCCGCUUUGUCCUCCAAUGCCAACAAUCAGCUGAGUGUAACGGUUGAGGGUGUGAAAAGAACGUCCAGUCUCGACGCUCCCAUAAUGCUGCUUUCAGGUCAUGGGGGUGCUGUUUAUACUAUGAAGUUCAACCCUCAAGGCACUGCCAUAGCUUCUGGAUCUCAUGACAAGGAUAUAUUUCUAUGGAAUGUGCAAGGUGAUUGUGAUAAUUACAUGGUAUUGAAGGGGCACCGUAACGCUGUGCUGGAUCUUGUUUGGACUACCGAUGGUCAACACAUUAUCUCAGCUAGUCCAGAUAAAACAGUUCGUGCAUGGGACGCAGUUACAGGGAAGCAGGUUAAAAAGAUGGCAGAGCAUUCGUCAUUUGUGAACAGUUGCUGCGCUGCUAGACGGGGUCCACCACUCAUUAUUAGCGGCUCAGAUGAUGGCACUGCUAAGUUGUGGGAUAUGCGUCAUCGUGGUUGCAUCCAAACCUUUCCAGACAAGUAUCAGGUCACAGCAGUAGCCUUCUCUGAAGGUGCAGACAAAAUUUUCAGUGGAGGUAUUGACAACGACAUCAAGGUGUGGGACCUCCGCAAGAAUGAAGUGGCCAUGAAGCUACAAGGACACACUGAGACGAUAACUAGCAUGCAACUUAGCCCAGAUGGAUCUUAUCUUCUUACCAACUCAAUGGAUUGCACGUUGAGAGUCUGGGAUAUGAGGCCAUAUGCACCUCAGAAUCGAUGCGUCAAGAUAUUUACGGGACAUCAGCACAAUUUUGAAAAGAACCUGCUAAGAUGCAAUUGGUCACCAGAUGGCCAAAAGGUGACAUCGGGCAGUGCAGAUCGAAUGGUGUAUAUUUGGGAUACUACAUCGCGAAGGAUUUUGUACAAGCUUCCAGGGCAUUCUGGUUGUGUCAACGAAGCUGUGCUUCAUCCAAGGGAACCUAUCAUCGGGUCGUGCGGUAGUGAUAAGCAGAUCUAUAUAGGAGAAAUUGAUCCUACUGUAAGAUAGGUUGAUAGGAGUUAAUCAUCAUCACUAGUUGUUCGAAUGCUAAGUGGAGACGCAGCAGCAUCCAACCCUGGGCGACUGGAGCACAACACGAGAGCUUCGGACGCCGGGAAAAACGUUUUCCUCAUUCCGGGGUUUUCGGCGUUUGCAACACCUACAUCCCACUGGAAUCUGAAACUAUAAGGCGUUCCAUUAUCUGGAUACUGAGGUUGGAGCACUCGCCCCCAAUGAGAUUUUAUCGAGUUCCUUUCUAGGAGCAAUUAUCCUUCUCUGAGCACAACAGAACUAGGGAGAGUACAUUCCUAUGCUUGACAUUGGCUUUUUAAUCAAAUUAGGUCCUUGGUAACUGUGUUACAAUGUUAUCAAGCAGGUUUGUAUGUGACACUGUAGCAAGUUCCAUAUUACCAAAUCUGCUAUCUGCUGUCGCAGAGGGGAGCUUCACAUCCAAGUCUCGACCAACAUUGCCAGCUCAUAACCCAGUUGACCUCUUUCAAUUUUGUUAGCAAUGUAGAUGUGGAGUGGGUGUGAGACAAUGUCUAUCUGGAGGGUCAAUAUUCUUAACAAAAUCUCAAAUUUAACAUUA